GCCUGGGAUUGGUCGUCGCGGGAGAGCAGCGGCUGCUUCGGAUUGGCCGAGACGACGGCGGCGACGGCAGCGACGGCGGGCAGGGAAGUCGGGCCGCGCUCUCUCUCUCCUCCCUCCCUCCCUCCCUGCCCGUCGUCUGCCCAGCCGCUGGCUUUCCCAGAGUGCUCCGCGGCCGUGUGGAGCGAGGCCUUGUUCCCGCGUUGAGCCGCCGCCGCCAGGCCCGGGCCCGCCGCGCCAUGUCCGACUACAGCACGGGAGGCCCUCCGCCCGGGCCGCCGCCGUCGGCAGGCGGGGGAGCAGGAGGCGGAGGCGGCCCUGCUCCGGGCCCGCCGGGUGCUGGGGACCGGGGCGGCGGUGGUGGCGGUGGUGGCGGUGGAGGAGGCGGAGGAGGAGGGUCGGCCGGCGGCCCCUCGCAGCCGCCCGGCGGGGGCGGCCCGGGCAUUCGCAAGGACGCCUUCGCCGACGCCGUGCAGCGGGCCCGCCAGAUCGCAGCCAAGAUCGGAGGUGAUGCUGCCACCUCAGUGAACAAUAGCACUCCUGACUUUAAUUUUGGGGGCCAGAAGAGGCAACUGGAAGAUGGAGAUCAACCAGAGAGCAAAAAGCUGGCGUCCCAGGGAGACUCGCUCGGUUCUCAACUGGGACCCAUCCAUCCUCCACCCAGGACCUCAAUGACAGAGGAAUACAGGGUCCCAGAUGGCAUGGUGGGCCUGAUCAUCGGCAGAGGUGGCGAGCAGAUUAACAAGAUCCAGCAGGAUUCCGGCUGCAAAGUGCAGAUCUCCCCAGACAGCGGUGGUCUACCUGAGCGCAGUGUGUCCUUGACGGGCGCCCCCGAAUCUGUGCAGAAAGCCAAGAUGAUGUUAGACGACAUUGUGUCUCGGGGGCGCGGGGGCCCCCCUGGGCAGUUCCACGACAGUGCCAACGGGGGCCAGAACGGCACGGUGCAGGAGGUCAUGAUUCCCGCGGGCAAGGCCGGCCUGGUGAUCGGCAAAGGCGGGGAGACCAUCAAGCAGCUGCAGGAGCGCGCCGGCGUCAAGAUGAUCUUAAUCCAGGACGGCUCGCAGAACACGAACGUGGACAAGCCCCUGCGCAUCAUCGGGGACCCCUACAAAGUGCAGCAAGCCUGUGAGAUGGUGAUGGACAUCCUGCGUGAGCGCGACCAGGGCGGCUUCGGGGACCGCAACGAGUACGGCUCGAGGAUCGGCGGGGGCAUCGACGUGCCCGUGCCCCGGCAUUCGGUGGGCGUGGUCAUCGGCCGCAGCGGGGAGAUGAUCAAGAAGAUCCAGAACGACGCGGGCGUGCGCAUCCAGUUCAAGCAAGAUGAUGGCACGGGUCCUGAGAAGAUCGCCCACAUCAUGGGACCCCCGGACAGGUGUGAGCACGCAGCCCGCAUCAUCAAUGACCUCCUACAGAGCCUUCGGAGUGGGCCCCCAGGCCCUCCCGGGGGUCCUGGCAUGCCCCCUGGCGGCCGGGGUCGGGGACGAGGCCAAGGCAGCUGGGGCCCUCCUGGCGGGGAGGUGACCUUCUCCAUCCCCACGCACAAGUGCGGGCUGGUCAUCGGCCGCGGUGGCGAGAACGUGAAAGCCAUAAACCAGCAGACGGGCGCCUUCGUGGAGAUCUCCCGGCAGCUACCGCCCAACGGCGACCCCAACUUCAAGCUCUUCAUCAUCCGGGGCUCCCCCCAGCAGAUCGACCACGCCAAGCAGCUCAUUGAGGAGAAGAUUGAGGGUCCUCUCUGCCCUGUGGGACCUGGGCCCGGUGGACCAGGCCCUGCUGGCCCCAUGGGUCCCUUCAACCCUGGGCCUUUCAACCAGGGACCCCCUGGAGCUCCCCCACACGCCGGUGGCCCUCCUCCUCACCAGUACCCUCCCCAGGGCUGGGGCGGCACCUACCCCCAGUGGCAGCCCCCUGCGCCUCAUGACCCCAACAAAGCUGCAGCAGCAGCCGCCGACCCCAAUGCCGCCUGGGCCGCCUACUACUCGCAUUACUACCAGCAGCCCCCGGGCCCUGUGCCCGGCCCCGCUCCGGCCCCUGCAGCUCCGCCCGCCCAGGGGGAGCCCCCGCAGCCCCCGCCUGCUGGCCAGUCGGACUACACCAAGGCCUGGGAGGAGUACUACAAGAAGAUCGGCCAGCAGCCGCAGCAGCCAGGCGCGCCCCCGCAGCAGGACUACACCAAGGCCUGGGAGGAGUACUACAAAAAGCAGGCGCAAGUGGCCACCGGAGGGGGUCCGGGAGCGCCCCCAGGCUCCCAGCCGGACUACAGUGCUGCCUGGGCCGAGUACUACCGCCAGCAGGCCGCCUACUACGGACAGAGCCCCGGUCCCGGCGGCCCCCAGCCGCCUCCCGCCCAGCAGGGACAGCAGCAGGCAAGUGGGAACUGCCACCCUCCUCCUCCUCCUUUCUCCUUCCAACCCCCGGCCACCGUCCAUCCUGCCUUAGUGGGUAGCGCCGGAAAUCCCUUCCCCUGCGGGGUGUGCCCUUGAUGCCUGCUGCAGCGGGGGCCGCGUGGCCAGAGGUCUCCGGGAGUGCCCACGUGCCCGCCGGGGCAGCGCACGCUAGGGCCAGAGGCUAACGAAGAGGCCUCCCUCCGCCAGCCGCUCGUUCCUGUGUGAGCUGCCGACGCUGGGGCGCUGCCAACAGAGGUGGAACUGUGAGCUGGUGGGCAGCCCCGGGCUGGGCCGCCCCCGCUCGAGAUCUGGCCACUCGGGAAGAAAACGGCUAUUCUUUCCCCCCUUUUUCUGCAUCACUUUUUGGUCUUUUUUUUCUCUUCCCUUUACGUUUUUGAAAGCCACGAUCUUUGUUUUCCUCGCCCGUGUCCUUGUCCGAGUGACUGUCGCGGGCGGCCCGGCCGGCGGGGAGGGGCCGAGGGGGAGCAGCCUGUGGGUGUGGGCGCGCUCGCUCCGCCGUGUCCGGUCGGAUCUGUGAAAUGGGCAAUGACCAUCGCUGCCACCUGCCAACCUACCUCACAGGGGUGUUGUGGGGACGCCGCGGUCGUGGUCGUGGUCGCGGAAAUGGUUUCUGUCGCGUUCGCCGGGAGCCGCCGCCUUCCGUGGGGCCGGGGGGCUCCCCUCUCCGCCUCAUCCCGCACACCUGCUGUCCUCUCCCCUCCCUGCUCCUCCUCCUCCUCCUCCUCCUCCUGCAGCCAGGCCCAGAGCGCCAGCCAGAGGACACCACGCGUCCCGCCCGGCCCGCCCCUGCCCGUGGUGACCGAUUGCUGUCUCUUCCCUCUCCACAGGCGCAAUGAAUCCAAUGUGAACUUCCUCAUCUGUGAAAAAAAAUCUUUUUUUUUUUUUUCCCAUUUUGUUCUGUUUGGGGGCUUUGUCUGCUUCUUUUUGGUUUUGUUUGUUUGGCGAGAGAGCGAUGGCUGCCACUGGGGGUGUGGGGAGCCCCGGGCGAGGCUGGAGCUUGGGGGGGGCCCUGGCGCCCUCC